AUGGCGGCCAAUGCGGGAUCGAUGUUUCAAUAUUGGAAGCGCUUAGAUUUACAGCAGCUGCAGAGAGAACUGAAUACCACAGCCACAGCCCUGGCCAACAGACAAGAUGAGAGCGAGCAGUCCAGGAAAAAGCUCAUUGACCAGAGCCGCGAGUUCAAGAAAAACACACCCGAGGAUCUGCGAAAGCAGGUAGCUCCAUUGCUAAAGGGCUUCCAAGCAGAGAUCGACGCAGUGAGUAAAAGAAGUAAGGAGUCAGAGGCUGCCUUCCUAAACGUGUACAAGAGAUUCAUCGAUGUCCCAGACCCUGUGUCGGCCCUGGAGACUGCCCAGCAGCUACAGCUGAAGGUCCAGAGGAUGCACGACAUCGAGACGGAGAACCAGAAGCUCCGCGAGACGCUGGAGGGCUACACCCAGGAGAUCGCUGAAGUCAAGAACCACGAGGUCACAAUUAAAGCACUUAAGGAGAAGAUAGAGGAGUAUGAAGAGACCCUGAAGAAACAGGCCAAGGAGCUGGGCCAGGAGGAGAGGAGAGAGGGAGAGGAGGAGGGGCAGCUUCACAACGACCAUGCAGAGGAGGAGAGUCAACAACAGGAGAACCAGGAGUCUGUGGUGUCAAAGCUGGAGGAGGCAAACCGUAAGGCCCAGUCCCUACAGACAGCACUUGAAGCAACUCAGGCAGAGCUUUUGGAACUGAAGAGCAAGUAUGACGAAGAGUCGACACCAAAGGCCGAUGAGAUUGAAGUGGUGAUGUCAGACCUGAAGAGAGCCAAUCAGAGAGCUAAGGUAGCGGAGAGAGAAGCAGAGGCUCUUCGGGAACAGCUGUCGUCCGCCAACAAGUCCCUCCAGCUUGCCACACAGAUCCAAAAGGCCCCUGACAUGGAGCAGGCCCUGGAGGUUCUGUCGCGCUCCAGUCUGGAGGUGGAGCUUAGCGCCAAGGAGCGGGAGGUGCUGCAGCUGGCCGAGGACGUGCAGAAACUGCAGGCUAGCUUGGCCAACAUCCGGGAGAAUUCUGCCUCGCAGAUAAGCCAGCUGGAGCAGCAGCUCAGCACCAAGGAGAGCUUACUCAAGCAACUGGAGGAGAAACUGCGAGAGCAGGCAGACUACGAAGCCAUCAAGAAAGAGCUCAGUAUCCGAAAGUCAAUGGAGUUUGGCUCUCCAAACUUCUCCUCAGCACAGGACUCUAAGAAGCCUCUAGAGUUGUUGUUGAAGAGUCGAGGCCUGCAGUCUGAGAGCUCCUCCCUGCGCCUAAACAACAGUGAGUUGAGUGGUGUGAGGGAGCGAAAGGUCAAAGACUCAUCAGAGGGUCAACAGCGUCUUCCUGCCACGCCCAUGGGCACCAACUUGCAGGGCUCCCCUCCCACUCCCUCCGCUCAACUCCUCCUGCGCACUGGCUCAGGUGGUUCCUCCGACACCACCCCUGUCACCACCGCCAAUGGCACGCACCACUUCUCGCCCACGGGCAGCGGGCUGGGCGGGCAGGACUUCUUCAGCCCCUGCUCGCUGGCGUCGGCAGGCACCGCUUUCCCCCUGGCGGGCAAAGUGUCGCUCAGUUCCCUGCUGCAGCGCCAGCUCAUGCAGACCUUCUACUCCAAAGCCCUGCAGGACUCAGUGUCUGGCCAGGCCCUGCUCUUCUCCCCCACCCACUACCCAACCCCUAACUCCCUCUCAGCCAGCCCUCUGCCACCCCAUCAGUCUUUGCAGUCGCAAUCCCAGCACCCGUCGGCGGGCAGCCCAGACGUUAAUGGCCUAGCCCCCUCGCCCAGCCAGUCAGAGGGUGCAGGGAGUGUCUCGGAAGGUGAAGACAUGGACACGUCUGAGAUAGCGCGUCAGGUCAAGGAGCAGCUGAUCAAGCACAACAUUGGGCAGAGGAUCUUCGGCCACUACGUGCUGGGGUUGUCCCAGGGCUCGGUCAGUGAGAUACUGGCUAGGCCCAAGCCCUGGAGCAAGCUGACCAUCAGGGGCAAGGAGCCCUUCCACAAGAUGAGGCAGUUCCUAUCUGACGAGCAGAACAUCUUGGCACUGCGCAGCAUCCAGGGGAGGCAGAGAGAGAACCCAGGCCAGAACCUGAACAGAGUGUUUCAGGAGGUUCCGAAGCGAAGAACCGGCUCCGAAGGUAACAUCACCACGCGGAUCCGUACUCCGGAGAGUGGGUCAGACGAGGCCAUCAAGUCCAUCCUGGAGCAGGCCAAGAGAGAGCUGCAGGUCCAGAAGGCUGGUGACAUUGGUGGUGCUGGUGGUACUAUCGGCUCAGGUGGAUCCUCCAGCUCAGACGAGACCAUCCGCUCCAUCCUAGAGCAGGCAAGGAGGGAGAUGGAGGCCCAGCAGGCCGCCCUGGAGCCCAUCCUCAAGCCCUCCUCCAUGGGCCCCUCUGACCUGGCCCUGCUCUCUCCCAAACACCUGGGCGCUUCCACUCUCCCGGCCUCCUACUCACCCCUGGCCCUGUCCCUCAAGAAGCCCUCCAUCCCCCCAUCCUCCUCGCCCUCCUCCCUCCUGGACUUCCACUCUGCAAUGGUGAAGGAGGCAGGAGAGGUGGUGGUGGGAGAAGGCGGGGUAGGAGGAGGGUCUCUAAUGGACGGAGGGACCAAGCAGGGGCGGGGCUCCUGGAGGGACCAAUGGUGGAAUAGUAUGCACCCCGGGGGGCGGGGAGUCAUGUCUAGCAUGAACGACGACGGGCGGGGUCAGGAGGACAGCAAGGAGCCUCCCCGGCUGGCCAGCUCGUCCUCGGCGCUGGCCCCCUUCUCCUCCUCCGUCUCCAUCUCCUCCCCGGACUGCUGGAAGGACUGGCCCCGGGCCGAGUCCCCAUACUCCCAGGCCGGCUCCGAGCCCGGCGGAGGCACCAACACCCAGGGGCCCAGCCGCGCCGACACCCCCCAGAGCAGCCCCUCUCCCCUGCCCCUGUCCUUGAGCCUGGGUCCCCUGGGUUCCCUGUUGACCUCCGCAGCCAAACCAGUCAAGCCGGUGGUGGCGCCGCUCACGCCUGAGCAGUACGAGGUCUACAUGUACCAGGAGGUGGACACGGCCGAGCUCACGCAGCAGGUCAAGGACAAGCUGGCCAAGAACGGCAUCUGCCAGCGCAUCUUUGGAGAGAAGGUGCUGGGCCUGUCUCAGGGUAGUGUUAGCGACAUGCUGUCCAGGCCCAAGCCCUGGAGUAAGCUGACCCAGAAGGGCCGGGAGCCCUUUAUCCGUAUGCAGCUGUGGCUCAAUGGAGAGCUGGGCCAGAACGUCCUGCCCUUACAGGGCCAGCCACAAGUUUCCACAGAGAACACCCCAAAGACCUCAGCCAGCUGCAGCCCAGCACCGGAGUCACCCCUCAGCUCAGCCGAGGAGUCAGUGAAGAGCUUGGGGGAGCAGGUGGGAGGAGAGGGAUGUGGGGGUGGAGGAGGGUUGUCCCAGUUCCCCCCCAGAGAGCCCAGCGAGCCCUCUGAGUCCCAGCCCGGCACACCGCUGCCCGUCCCCGGUCACUCAGGUCUCAGCAUCCAGGAGAUGGUGGCCAUGUCCCCGGAGCUGGACACCUACGUCAUCACCAAGAAGGUCAAGGAGGUGCUGACUGAUAACAACCUCGGUCAGCGUCUGUUUGGGGAGACCAUCUUGGGUCUGACCCAGGGCUCGGUGUCUGACCUGCUGGCGAGGCCCAAGCCCUGGCACAAGCUCAGUCUGAAGGGACGUGAGCCCUUCGUCCGCAUGCAGCUCUGGCUUCAGGAUCCACGCAACGUGGAGAAACUCAUGGACAUGAAACGCAUGGAGAAGAAAGCCUACAUGAAGCGGCGCCACAGCUCGGUGAGCGAGAGCCAGACUGCGGACAGUGGGGGCUUGUCGGGGGGAGACUUCAGCCAGGGGGGCAGCCCCCAGCACGGCCUCGGCCACCACCUGCACCAGCAACAGCCCCCCCAGCAGCACCUGAAGAAGGCUCGUGUGGUGCUGGCCCCCGAGGAGAAGGAGGCCCUGAAGAGGGCCUAUCAGCAGAAGCCCUACCCCUCGCCCAAGACCAUCGAGGAGCUGGCGUCACAGCUUAACCUCAAGACCAGCACCGUCAUCAACUGGUUCCACAACUAUAGGUCUCGUAUCCGACGGGAGCUGUUCAUUGAGGAAAUCCAGCGAGGUGAGGGCGGUGAGGGUGUCUCCCCGUCCACCAGAGCGGGCAAGGCCAGCGAGGGUGACAGCUGCGACGGCACCGAGUCGGACGGCACGGUGGAGGGCACACGCCCCGGCCACGAGCACCACCCAGCCUCGGAGGGCGAGUGGGGGUCCGACCACAGGGACGAGGGAACCACCUUGGCCACUGGCAGCACCGCCGCCGGUACCAGCGGCCACCACAAGGGCGGUGCCCUGAACAGCCUGUUCAGCUUCCCCGAGAUCAGCCAUGUUUCCUCUGUGUCCGUGGCUGCUACCGCCGCUGCCCGCAACCCCCGCGACAACAGCCUGCGCAAGAAGAAAGCCGCCAACCUCAAUAAUAUCAUCCACCGUCUGGAGAAGGCCGCAACAGCCUCCUGUGAUCAGAUAACGAGUGCCAGUCCUGGUUACCUUGAUCCACUUGUGUGGUUCCGCCCCCUGCUCCAGCACCCGCGGCCCUGCUCCAGCACCCGCGGACCCGCCCGCCAGCACCUUCCCCAGCACCCGCGGUCCCACCCCCUGCUCCAGCACCCGCGGUCCCGCCCCCAGCUCCCGCAGCCCCGCACCCUGCUCCAGCUCCUGCGGAUAGCCCUAGACAACCUGAUGAGCAGUCACAGACACCUCAACGAGCAGUGUAAGUAUCAAGUGCACCUGGCCCACCUGAAACUACUGAGUGCAGUCCAGCUUGCUAAGGCCUAUAUGCAUGACCCGAGGCCUUACAAGCCCCGUAGAACAAGUACGGUCAGCCCCGCCAACUCGUCCAGUGUGAGCUAG